AUGGCAUCGUCCAUUGAAUUCGCAUUAAGCAAACACUGGGAAAUAUAUGACCGCAUCUCGCUGAUCAUAGAGAAUGAGCCGACAUCUGGAGAUGAACAAGUGCCGCAUACGCUUGUGUUGUACAUGAUCCGGAGCAUCAUUCGCCCUUCUUUCAUUCUCGAGCAGAUUCCUGAUUUGCUGGACCUCAUAGCCACGGCUGACGCCUUCAGAAGCCAUGCAGUCGAGGGAUCUUCAGUUGCGCUAUUACGGCAGGAAUACUACGCAAAGGAACCUAGCUCUCACGCGACACUGCUCACGGCAAAGGAGCUGAAGAAGAUUGAAGGUUACGUUGGGAGCAAAGAAAGCGGCAGGAUGCAUUAUAUGUCGCUGGUCAAGAAUCUGUGUAUCUUGCACGUUUAUUACCUUGCGACAUCGCAAGAGUCAUGUAUGCUCGCGGAAUGUCUGAAUGACUAUUUUCCAGGAUGCAACAUGGGCCAAAGCAUACCAUCUAAGCUGCUGUUUUCUAGCGGACUCUCUGACAGCGAGAAGGAGAUAAUGGAAAAAACAUAUGAAGAAUGCAAGGGGUUGAUACUAGAACUCGCCAAAUGGGAGGAAGAGCAAGGGCACAGACAAAAACAGAUGGGUGUGACGUUGAGCACAGAAGAGGAGGACGCAUUCUUGCAGGACUUUGGAGAGAAAUUUCCUUCACCAGUGUCUGAGGAAAACCUGGCUUCAGAUAUUGAAGAGUACUUGGAUGCUGUGGAGGAAAUGCUUUGCACGUUGGAAGAAUAUUUCCCUUCCUCCAACACUCUAAAGGGAUCGAAAUGGGAGAUUUGA